AUGUCGGCACAACAAGAGUCUCUCAGCCACUGGGUCACCAAACUCAACAAUACUCUAUUCAUUCAGCCUAACGAUGAACUUGCUCUCGAGGCAAUCGACGAUCAGGUCGAUCAAAGUCUUGUGACCAAAAUCAAUCACGAAGUUUACAAUUACGACCAAUUCAAACAAGGCCUACAGUACGUUCGUAGCACUUGCACCUCGAUCCAAGACGAGUUCUCCAUUGUACUGCAGUGGGAGAACAAGGAGAAGCCAGAUGGUGUGGUAGCGGUUCUGAGCAAGUGGAGGACCAAAGAUAAGGCGUCGGGCAAGGAAACUACAAAGUCUAAUGUGAUUCUUUGGGAGGUUAAAUGGAUCGAUGGGAAACGCAAGCUUACAGGCCAAACAGAGGUCGAAGUUGCAUGA